UCGGCACUUCAGAUCAAGUACUUUGACGACCCGGCUCUUUCGGCAAUGCGUCAGCUGGACGACAUAACGCAGGUUUUUGAUCCGGAGCAGAAGAGCACAUUUCUAUCGCAAACACUCCACAAUAGCUUACCGAUCAUUCCAGAAGUAGGCUACCUUACUCUGGCGACCAUUCACAAAAACCAGAUGCUUAGCAAAUCAGUCUUUUAA